GCGGGGCCUUGCUGUCAGCCGGCUGUCGAGGAGGAAGGACCCGGCAGCGUGCAGUGUGAGGGGCGGGACCGGGCGGCCUGCGGAGGGUCGGACAGGAGAGGCCGGGCCAUGCGGUCGAUCCCGGGCGCUGGGCCUCCGGGGCCCGUGGUAGUCGCCGCCUCGGUGGUGCUGCUGCUGAGCGGCGUGGGGCCGGCGCGCGGCUCGGAAGACAUCGUGGUGGGCUGCGGGGGCUUCGUGAAGUCGGACGUGGAGAUCAACUACUCGCUCAUCGAGAUAAAGUUGUACACCAAGCAUGGGACUUUGAAAUACCAGACAGACUGUGCCCCGAAUAAUGGCUACUUUAUGAUCCCUUUGUAUGAUAAGGGGGAUUUCCUUCUGAAGAUUGAGCCUCCCCUAGGGUGGAGUUUUGAGCCGACAACCGUGGAGCUGUAUGUGGAUGGUGUCAACGACAUCUGCACCAAGGGCGGGGACAUCAACUUUGUGUUCACGGGGUUCUCUGUGAACGGAAAGGUCCUCAGCAAAGGGCAGCCCCUGGGUCCUGCGGGAGUUCAAGUGUCUCUGAGAAACACAGGGACUGAAGCGAAAAUCCAGUCCACAGUUUCGCAGCCUGGCGGAAAGUUUGCAUUUUUUAAAGUUCUUCCUGGAGAUUAUGAAAUCCUUGCAACUCAUCCGACCUGGGCAUUGAAAGAGGCGAGCACUACAGUGCGUGUGACCAACUCCAAUGCCAAUGCGGCCAGUCCCCUCAUCGUUGCUGGCUACAAUGUGUCUGGCUCUGUCCGAAGUGAUGGGGAGCCCAUGAAAGGAGUGAAGUUUCUUCUCUUUUCUUCUUCAGUAGUCAAAGAGGAUGUCUUGGGCUGCAAUAUCUCACCAGUGCCAGGGUUUCAGCCCCAAGACGAGAGCCUGGUGUAUUUGUGCUACGCAGUCUCCAAAGAAGAUGGUUCUUUCUCCUUCUAUUCCCUGCCAAGCGGGGGCUAUACUGUGAUUCCAUUCUAUAGAGGGGAACGAAUUACCUUUGACGUGGCACCUUCCAGACUUGACUUUACAGUGGAACACGACAGCCUGAAAAUCGAGCCUGUAUUCCACGUCAUGGGAUUCUCUGUCACUGGGAGAGUCUUGAAUGGACCUGAAGGAGAAGGUGUCCCGGAGGCAGUAGUCACUCUGAAUAACCAGAUCAAAGUCAAAACAAAAGCGGAUGGCUCAUUCCGCCUAGAGAACAUAACCGCAGGGACGUACACCAUCCAUGCUCAGAAAGAGCACCUCUACUUUGAGAUGGUCACGAUCAAAAUCGCACCGAACACACCUCAGCUGGCCGACAUUAUUGCAACUGGGUUCAGUGUCUGUGGUCAGAUAUCAAUCAUUCGAUUUCCUGACGCUGUCAAGCAGAUGAGUAAAUACAAAGUUGUCCUAUUGUCUCAAGACAAGGACAAGUCUUUGGUCACCGUGGAGACGGAUGCUCAUGGAUCAUUUUGUUUUAAAGCAAAACCAGGGAGUUACAAAGUUCAGGUGAUGGUUCCCGAGGCAGAGACCAGAGCAGGGCUGACAUUGAAGCCCCAGACAUUUCCUCUUACUGUGACUGACAGACCUGUGAUGGAUGUGGCCUUUGUGCAGUUUUUGGCAUCAGUUUCUGGGAAAGUCUCUUGUUUGGACACCUGUGGUGACCUGCUGGUGACCCUGCAGUCCCUGAGCCGCCAGGGGGAGAAGCGAAGCCUCCAGCUCUCCGGCAAGGUCAACUCCAUGACUUUCACGUUUGACAGCGUGCUUCCUGGAAAAUACAAAAUCAGCAUCAUGCAUGAGGAUUGGUGCUGGAAGAACAAGAGUCUGGAGGUAGAAGUUCUGGAAGAUGACGUGUCAGCGGUUGAGUUUAGACAGACGGGCUACAUGCUGAGAUGCUCUCUGUCUCAUGCCAUCACUCUGGAGUUUUAUCAGGAUGGAAAUGGACCUGAGAACGUGGGGAUUUAUAACCUCUCCAAAGGAGUCAACCGAUUCUGCCUCUCCAAGCCUGGUGUGUACAAAGUGACCCCUCGCUCUUGCCACCGGUUUGAGCAGGCGUUCUACACCUAUGACACGUCUUCACCCAGUAUCUUGACGCUGACAGCCAUUCGCCACCAUGUCCUUGGAACUAUCACCACCGACAAAAUGAUGGAUGUCACCGUGACUAUCAAGUCUUCAAUUGACAGCGAGCCCGCCUUGGUCCUAGGCCCUCUGAAGUCCGUGCAGGAGCUGCGGAGGGAGCAGCAGCUGGCCGAGAUUGAGACCCGCCGGCAGGAGAGGGAGAAGAAUGGCAAGGAGGGGAGCGGUGAGGGGAGGACCAAGCCUCCUGUGCAGGAGAUGGUGGAGGAGCUGCAGGGCCCCUUCUCCUAUGACUUCUCCUACUGGGCACGGUCUGGAGAGAAAAUCACUGUUACACCCUCAUCUAAAGAGCUGCUCUUUUAUCCCCCUUCCAUGGAAGCCACCGUCAGUGGCGAAAACUGCCCAGGGAAGCUGAUCGAGAUCCAUGGGAAGGCAGGUCUGUUUCUAGAGGGCCAGAUCCACCCUGAGUUGGAGGGAGUCGAGAUUGUCAUCAGUGAAAAGGGCCUGAGUUCACCCCUGAUCACAGUCUUCACUGAUGACAAAGGGGCUUACAGUGUUGGCCCCCUGCACAGUGACCUGGAGUACACCGUGACCUCACAGAAGGAGGGCUAUGUUUUGACUGCGGUGGAAGGAACCAUAGGAGACUUUAAGGCUUAUGCCUUGGCCGGUGUAAGCUUUGAGAUAAAAGCUGAAGAUGACCAGCCUCUCCCUGGGGUCCUCCUAUCCCUCAGCGGUGGAGUGUUUCGUUCUAACCUCUUGACUCAGGACAAUGGCAUUCUGACGUUCUCAAACCUGAGCCCUGGCCAGUAUUACUUCAAGCCCAUGAUGAAGGAGUUCCGGUUCGAACCGUCCUCACAGAUGAUCGAGGUGCAGGAGGGCCAGAACCUGAGGAUCACUAUCACAGGGUACCGCACAGCCUACAGUUGCUACGGUACAGUGUCAUCUUUAAACGGAGAACCGGAGCAGGGUGUUGCUGUGGAGGCUGUGGGCCAGGGUGACUGUAGCAUUUAUGGAGAAGACACCGUGACCGACGAAGAGGGCAGGUUUCGGCUGCGUGGCUUGCUGCCAGGAUGUGUGUACCAUGUUCAGCUCAAGGCAGAAGGAAACGACCACAUUGAGCGGGCUCUCCCCCACCAUCGGGUGAUUGAGGUUGGGAAUAAUGACAUCGAUGACGUAAACAUCAUAGUUUUCCGGCAGAUUAAUCAAUUUGAUCUAAGUGGAAAUGUGAUCACUUCCUCUGAGUAUCUUCCCACACUAUGGGUAAAGCUUUACAAAAGCGAAAACCUUGACAACCCGAUCCAGACGGUUUCCCUGGGCCAGUCCCUCUUCUUCCAUUUCCCACCCCUGCUCAGGGAUGGUGAGAACUAUGUUGUGCUGCUGGACUCCACACUCCCCAGGUCCCAGUAUGACUACGUCCUGCCUCAAGUAUCCUUCACUGCAGUGGGCUACCACAAACAUAUCACCUUGAUUUUUAACCCCACGAGGAAGCUGCCUGAGCAAGACAUUGCACAAGGAUCCUACAUUGCUCUGCCGCUGACAUUGCUUGUUCUGCUGGCCGGAUACAACCACGACAAGCUCAUUCCAUUGCUGUGGCAGUUGAUGAGUCGACUGCAGGGAGUUCGAGCGCUUGGCCAGGCGGCCUCUGACAAUAGUGGCCCAGAAGAUGCAAAGAGACAAGCCAAGAAACAAAAGACAAGGCGGACGUGAGGAACAAGAGGGGAAGUGGCAGUCUCAUUGGGAUGGGAUGCCGGCGGGCCGCCACCUGCCCUUGGGAUGAAGUGUAAAGCAUGUGUCGCCUAACUUCAGCCUGUGCUUUGGCCCCACACUGGUGUGGACGUGGCCGUCAGCUCCUGUGUCCCCCCCCCUUCAUGUGGCCCCUUGUGCAAUGCAAUGAAUGGACCCUCCUGUCACUCUGCUGAACAGAAUUUAUUUUCUGAGUCAAAGAUAAUUUAUUAUUAAUAUUUUUGUUGAAGAAGUAUUUAAGCUAUGCCGGUGGUGUGAGAAUGUGGUUCGUAAUCUUCAGCACUCGUUUGCAAGAAGAGUUCCGGCAAACAUGGUUUUAGGUUCCAUGCUGAAGUCCCUUCUGGGUUUAACUGCUUCCUUAACUCCUUUGCAUUCGAGGUCCCUGCUGGAAAUCACAGCAACCUGUGUCCACUACUAGGAAGCGAUGUUAGGAGGUGAAAAUCAAUAAAACUGCCCAUUCAUUUGUGUUGUAGAUCA